UCGCUCCGUGGAGGAGUAAGGUGAAGCUAACCGCGAGCGGAGGAGAAAGGAAAAGCUCAUUACCGGCGAGGAAGGUUCUCAAGACACGACACAUAAGCAGUUAAAAGUCAAGUGAGUACGUUACGUGUGGUUUUUCCAUCCAUUCGGGAAGACGAGAGAAGGAUUCAAAGAAGGCUGAACACGGAGAAUUGUUCCGGGAAUGAGCAGUGUGGCAAAACAAACCUUUGGCCCUGGAAAACACCAUGGACAGGAGCGACUGAGAAGACUUUACCAAGAGGCUUUGAAAAAGUAAAAACGGAGGCAGGAAAAUGACCCAAUGAGUGGCAAGUGUGACUGACAACCUGGUGCAAAAGGUUUUGAUGGUACUUUACCCAGUUUCACCAACAAAGCACACUCAUGCAUCAGUGGACACACACACGCGCCACACGUGCACACCCUGCCCUUUCCUUCAUGCCAUCUGUCCCGGUCCUCCAUGGAUUCCUGCAACUUCCACUUUGAGAGAAUGAGCAACGUGGACCUGCAUACUCUGAGCCUGCCUGUCAGCCGGCUCUCCCCAGCCAAGUCCAACAGCAGCAUCGUCGAGCAACUCGCCCACCACCAACACGGCAAAGGAGACUCUGCAUACAGCUCCUUUUCUGGUGGGUCCAAUGCCCCAGACUACCCGCCUCCCUUCCUGCCAGAUGACCUCCACUCCAGCUCCUUCAGCCACUAUGCGGAUCUUAAGUAUGUAAAGUCCAUUUACCAUCCCGGCCACGUCCUGCAGUCUGAUUCCAAGACCAUGGACCAGCUCUAUCGCUCUGUGGAGGCUAUCUCUCAGCACUAUCAUAACAAUUCCACCACCAAUGUAAGCCAACACAACAGCAAUGACGGUUUCCAUAACAACAACAAAGCACUCUCUAAUCAAGAGGUAGCUUUGGGGGCUCCGACCCAGAAUCCUCCUCCUCCUCCUCCUCCUGUGUAUCCUCCUCCAGUCCCAGCACGCAUGGAUAGUUUCAUAGCCACAAAAAACUUGGAGAACACCAGGGUCCAACACAACAGUUCUGAGGUUAAACCCCAGCAUGUACAAUCGCAACAACAGUCCAGACCUUACAGUCGACUCCACUCAGAGCAACAUUGUUUGAAUUCCCAAAGCCACGAGAAGGUUAAUUCAGAUACGGGCAAAUCAGGAUUCAAGUCUGACUCUGUAUCUGCCGCCUGGAAGGCCCCUCAGCUGCAGCAACCACCGGGCUUCCGUCCUCACCUUCAGACUCACGAUCAGACGAGAGUUCCACUGAAUCCAGAAUACCUUUUCAUCAUGGAUAACAAAGCUGCCCCUGAGCAGCGCAAAUCAAAAAAUGUUUCAAGUGGAUCUCCGCCCCGAAGCAUAAGCCAGUCUGAGCACAUUAAACCCACGCGGCUCUCCAGUGGUAGUAAUAGUAACUUUGAAAGCCAACGCAAAAGGGCACACUCGGCUCAUGAUUGUCUCGGGUCAGAGCCGACGCGUGCUGCGAGCCCCUGGAAUGCUGGUCAUAGUUUUACCAACAGCAGCAUCCAACACAAGGGUCAGUUCUACUUUGUCACAGGGUUGUCUAAGCUGUCCGACUCAAACGGUGCGUCCGUGUGCGGCUCUGAUGCCGGUAGCGAGGGCUCCACUGUGGUGGAGAAGCACCGAAUAAGAGAUCAAGAAAGAAGCCACAGCACUAUGGAUAAUUUGUUCAGACCUCUCCGUGAGAGUUCUAGCACGUCCAGCGAUACAGUUCCCGACAAGAGAGAGGUGUUCACCUCUGUGUCCGAGGGCAAAGACAUGUCCUCCAGAAGUCAGGAUCAGGAGAAUCACAGACCGUCCUUCAGCUCAGUGCGUUCCUCUCAAAGCUUUGACACCUUAGACGAAAUCAACAUGAUCGAGAAUAGAGAGGUCGGCCGCCACACUGUCAACAACCCCAUUUUCUACUGUGGACCUGAUAGAAACUGCCUCCCACAUUCUGCAGUGCAAACGAAGGAAGUCACCCCACUAAUAAGCAACGAACCGCCCGGCUACUGUAAGAGAGAAGAGCGGGCAAAGAGAGGGAAACGGCAGCCUUUAGGGGAUGUAGCCAGCGAAAGGAUAAACAAAGAAACGACUCCGCUUCUCUAUCACCUCACUGAAGCUAACAGGAUAGCUCUACACCCCAAAAAGGAUUCUGAUGUCGGCGUUAAAGGAAAGGAAGCAAUUCUCAACAAACUAGGUCAUGGAGAUGUGUUGGUAAAUGAUAAUGAGAGACUUCCACAAGAUGACAUGAGGAAAAACGAUAGAGGGGAUGUUGCCUGUAACACACUUGAUGACUCCUUUAAAAAGUACUACAAAGAGAAGCUGAAGGAUGCCCAGUCUAAAGUCCUGAGGGAGACCUCUUUUAAAAGGAGGGACCUGCAGCUGUCAUGGCCACACCGUAUCAGGCAAAAACCUGAGUUCAGGCCGACAGUGAUUCACUCUUUCUCCACUUCACUGGACUCUGAGACAUCCACAGACACACUAACGCCUUCUCUGAUCUCCGAGGAGAUGGAGCGGCCGAGUAUAAAGGAAGAGGACAGGCAGGAGCAAAUGGAGGCAAACGGCGAGACCGAAAAGGAAAAUGGAAAGCCAACAAAUGUCGCUCAGCCACAAGUGCCACGCAUUGGUGGCAGGAGGCGAUUGACUCCAGGGCAGAAGAAGAUGUGUUUCUCGGAGCCGGACAAACUCAAUCUGCUCGGUGGUACCCCCGCCCACUCUGCCUGCCACUCGUUUGGCAAUGAAAGUGAGAACCUCUUUGCAGCUGAAUGUGAAAAAGAGGAACCUGAGCAGCAGGGAGAGCAGGGACUUGUCGCAGCCCGGAGGAAGUUGUUUGAGACAAGAGGUCGUGCCCUUUCAGCAUCGAGCACCUCAAAAACGGACCUGAAACAUCUGCAGCAAAAGGCCUUGGUGGAGUAUAUGGAGCGUAAGACGAACCAGAAAGUGGCUGAGCCACAACAACCAGCUCCUCAGGUACCUCCUCCACCGAGGCAGAGGCACUCUCUGGGGGAGAAACCAUUCGACUGGGGCCCCAGGCCUCUAUCGGGGAAUGUUGAAGGCAGAAAUACAAAGAAGAAGCAUCACAGACCCCACUCUGCAGGUCGCAUCCUCGAUUCCUCUAACAGCUCUAUCAGGUAUGCACAGUUCUUCUCAGCACAGUCUUGUUCAGGUCAGUAUGCUGGCCAGGCAAAUCAGCCCAGAGGGAGAGAGAGCCAAGGCCCCUGUCAGGGGAAGUCUGCCUCUGCAGAGAGCCUCUUGGACCAACCAGAUCCUCCGGAUUUCUACAGGAAUAGGUCAACAUCCACGCCACAUGCAUUUCAGGCACACAAGUACGAGAAGGAGCCGUCACCAAUCUAUGAUAUGGAGACCUGUAGUCCCCAGACAAACAUCACUGAGGAUUCCUUGGUAAAGCCAAUGUUAGCGGGCGGCCAGCAGCGUGUGGUCGCACAGAGGGGGAAGUCUAUGGAAGAGCUUGGGACUUUGAAAUUAACAAGACCCUCGGCUUUAAGUAAAAGUUCUGAGCAGCUGGAUCAACUGUGGAGACGUUCGACUGGGUCAGGAGGCCUAGACCUGGACAGGAGGAGUUCUUCAUUUAUUACUGAAGUCAGAGAAGCCCAGGGGCUGGAGAGAGAGCGGAGGAGACAAUAUCCGACAGAGCAAAUCGGAAAAGAACCAGACAUUGUUGGUCAGAAGAGCACUCAGGGACAGACGCAGAACCAAACCCAGAAAAAAAGCCCACUGAAGCAGAACUUUGAGCCAGGGGUGGAUGUGACGGUGAGUACAAGUAGAUCCACCUCCCCAGCCUCCUCCUCCACGUCCCAGGCCAGAGUUCACUCUGGAUCUCCUGGAUGUCACGAGCCUGUCGUAGAUGAGUCCAGGUCCAGCAGACUGCCCAGUGAGACACCGUCGCCCAGAGGUCCGGACACCGGUGAGGAGAUCAAAUCCACUCCCACCACCCCGGUCCAGACAAAGCCUCCUUGUGAAAUCAGGCCUUGCUUCAGCAGAGUCAGGACUACAUCACAGAGAGAGCUGUCAGUGGAUGAACCCAGCGAUGACUUCCCACCACCACCUGAUCCGAAUGAAGAAGUGUCUCUGAGCUGCGGCGUCACCACAGAUCCGUCCCUGUGGAUUCUACCUCCAGAAGAAGACAUCAAAGAGGAAGUCCAGAAUGCAGGGCUGACGGACGACAUGUUUGAAGACGAGUCCACCGGCUCAGCUCCUCAGACCCGGACAAAUGAGACGCCUGUGUCUCCCCGCACGUCCGUCUCUGACGCAGACGUCUCUCAGCAAGCGGAGGAGGAGACAAAUACAGACACAGAGGAGGACAAGUUGGAAGAAAAACACCAGGAGGUGGAGGCGAGGGGAGCACCAGAGGGAGAGACCGAGAGCGUGGAGGAGCCCCGUGAGAAACCUGAGUGGGGCGAGCUUGUAGAAGCAGUGGUCAGUGCCGACCAAUCGCUGACCAGAGUGUUCUACCCGCUGACCAAUCGUAAAACGGCGCUGAUGCUGAUGGAGCAGCUGCUGUCGGAGGACACGCUGCUAAUGGAGGAACACUACAAGAAAAAGCAGGAGCAGAGAGGAGCAACGGAAAGUCCUGACGUGGUCCACGGUGCUGAGUCGGCUCCUGACGGCCACAAACGUCCGCACACAGACCUGCAAAGCAGAAGUGAUAUCGCUGAGAAGAAGCAGCUGUUAGUGUCACGUAUCGGGGAGCGUUUACAUUCCCUGGAGAAGAUGCGAGACGACCUCCAGGUGGACAUUGAGGGGAACACGGGCCGGGGGGAGGCGCUGGAGCUGCUGGUCCGAGAGUGCUGUCAGUCAGUGGAGCUGGAGAGAUACAACCUGUUCAUCGGAGACCUGGAGAGGGUGGUGAGCCUGCUGCUGUGCCUCUCUGCUCGGCUGGCCAGGGUUCAAAACGCCCUGAGCACCGUGGACCAGCACACAGAUGCUGAGGAGAAGCAAUCUCUGGACAGCCGCCACCGUCUGCUGUGUAAGCAGUGGGAGGACGCCAAAGACCUGAAGGACAACCUGGACCGGAGAGAGAACCUGGUGUCCACGUUCCUGUCGCGGCAGCUGUCCGGCGCGCAGCUGCAGGACUACCGGCGCUUCGUGCAGACCAAGGCGUCGCUGCUCAUCCAGCAGAAGGACCUGGAGGAGAAGCAGAGGCUGGGAGAGGAGCAGCUGGAGGCUCUGUCCACCAGCCUCGUCCUGUGAAGAAGGAGAGGAGGAGGAGGAGGAAGAGAGAGGCACGGGGGAAAAAAGCCCCGCUGUGAAUGUGUAUGUGUGGAGGAGAGGUUUGUCACUUUUCCACAUACAGACACAAGAUAAGGAAAUGAAGUGGUACUUUUGUCCCUUUUUUAAGAUUUUGACAGCACUACAGGAGAAACUCAUCAUCGACUGUCGAGACGGAAGCUUGUUGCCUUUGCUCUCGUACACUGAAGAAAACCCAGGCGGUUCACCCUCUGUCUGCAGCGUCAGUCUAACUGUGACUUCAAACAGAUCUGUCUGUUUAUUUGUGUGCCUUGUUGUUGUGGAACGUUCUCCGUUAGAGCCGCCGUGUGGAAACCCUCGCGUCCCCCUGUUAGAAUUCAGUGUGAACUUCUUCUUAUUUCAUGAAGACGGUCGUGCUCCAGCUGUGUCUGCACGUCUGGAAACUAUGAUAAGCUUUAAGAUUUAUAUAGGGCUUCAGUGAAAGUGAGUGGCCUGAGCGUACUGUAUCAUAUAGAUGUAGAAAAUCUUUUUUUUAAUUUUCUUAUUUUUUAAUGUUUCAAAUGAAAGGCACUAAAAAACAACCAAAAAAAGGUGAACGCACUUUGUAAUGAUACAUAAAUGCACAUUUCUUCAAACAUCUGAUUUGUUUCUCACAAUAAUUUCAAGCAGAAGCCUUACUUACUUACUCACUUACUCACUUACUCCACUCUGAUUUGACAUGUACAAAUAUCAAUGUCACACUAAAGUUUGAGCUCAUGUCGAGGCAGUCUCUCACGUCGAGGCGCUUAAAAACCUCUUCAAAGCCCUUUAUUAAUUUAUAAAUCUGUCCCUUUUGUCGCAGAAGUGACAAAUGAUACUUGAAAUACUUUUUUUUUAAUAAAUAAUAAGAGGAAAGUCCACAAUCUUCACUUCAGGUGUCUUAAACUAAUUUUGUAUUCACUACCUCCACAGUCUAACCCCCCCCCUCCUUUUACACGUGUGUAACAUUGAUGUUAGUAUCUAAUAAAAAAAAAAGCCCUUAGCACAUACACAAAUCACACUCUCAACAAAAGUAAUCUCACGUCUUUUGCUCCCUGGUUAUUUUUUGUAAUUAUUUUUGAUAGUUGUGUUGUUAUUAUUCAUCAUUGCCCUGAUCGGUCUGAGUGUUUUUGAUAGAAACCUGUGUGUGUGUGUGUGUGUGUGCGUGCGUGUGCGUGCGUUUGCUCUUAUGAAGUCAGAACAUUAUGAAAACACUCAUAUUUAAAGUGCUGCAGUGUGCGGAUUGACUGUAUUUAUUGACGAACACAAAUCGCGGUUGAAGAAGCAGAGAGAAAAACUCUUGCGUCCGUGUUUCCUCCACCGUCGCCGCCACCACCGACAUUUCUCUGCAGAUUUAUGACUGUGUUCCUCCGUUUACUUCACAGAUGCAUGUUUGUUUUGGCCUUUGUUGCCGACGCAGACGCCGAGGCUUUAGAAAGACCUUUGUGUCGCGCCCUGCAGUGUGCUGGAAUUCCUCAAGUAUGCAAGAGAGAGAGGGACCACCAUUUUGGAAAGAGAGAGAGAAUGUGAGUGAAAGGCUUGGGCUCGUGGAUAAAUGCUCCCUUUUCCUCUCUUGUUGGUGUUUGUGCAGAAAACAGCAAACAUUUCACAGCGGUAAAGGUCUCAGAAAAGUGUUUUUUUUUUAGUUUUUUUUUAAGUAGGAUUAUAUUUGCCUAGUUGUGCGAUUGUGUUCCAAACACUCAAGGCUGUUGGACACCACAGAUACAAACAGAAUCAAUUUAAAAAGAAAGAAAAAACCAUGUUUCAGUGAGUGAGUGAGUCCCUGCUGACGACACGAGAGCAGACACAUUUCUAAAAAUCCACUUUCUCUUCAUUUAUUUCACACUUCACACUUAUUUACUGUUGAAAUAUUGAGUUGUGUUUUCCGGGGCCGGUUUGGAGUUGUAAAUUCCUGUGAUGUUUGUAAUAUUGUGAAUAAAUUAAGCUCUCCCUCUC